AAAGUUUUAGACUCUUAGUUACACAAAAAGAAAAAAAGAAAAUAAAGAAAAAGACACAAGUCUAGUAAUUUCCUGUAAAGAAGUUAAAAGCCUUUAUUCAGAGAAAAAUAACCUAAGCUACACUCCCUAUCUCCUCCGGUCAUCCAUGCUGCCCCCUCUCACUCUCUCCUCACGGUUUUGUCAAGUCUCACAAUCGCCGUCACUCAUCGGUUUCAGCCUAUCACCGUGCGCCCAAAAUUCAGUGUGUUUAGCGGAAGAACCAGAGAUUAGUAAGUGGAUUUGGGGAAAUAACAGAGAGCAUAACAAAUUUGUCUUCUAUUUUCUCAAUCAAUGAAAAUCGCUUCAAUGUCUCUUCUCCGGCCACGUGUGGUGCCGCUUCUAUUUUCAACUUUCAGUGCCUCGGCCUCACGGAACACCUACUUAUCUUCCCCAUUCGCCAUUGUCUUGGCAGCUCGCCAUCACCACCAAGGCUCUAAGAAUGCUCCUAGGAAACUACAACAGCCGAAUAAGAACCUCCUCAAGGCUCGUGAGACUAUCAAGCAAUUCUCGCCUCUAGCUCCGGUUCUCUCCAGCGAAGAUAAAACAAAUCUCUCUCAGGACCAAGCAGUGGGAAUGGUUGCUGCUUCACAGGCUAAUUUCAUGCGUGUUAUAGUGCAAUCAUUGCCUUCGGAAGUUUGUAGUGGUUCUGGACUGGUAGAAGGUUUCACUGAUGCUCCGGGAGUUGGAGUGGAACUACUAUGUGUGGUGAAGGCGGUGUUGAAGAAGAUCAAGAGGAGAGUGUUGGUUGGGGAUAAGGUUUUAGUAGGUUCGAUUGAUUGGGUGGACAGACGGGGAAUGAUAGAAAAUGUGUUUGAGAGGAAGUGCGAGAUUUUGGACCCUCCUGUGGCGAACGUGGAUCAUUUGCUAGUGUUGUUUUCAAUGGAGCAACCGAAACUUGAGCCCUUUUCUCUCACUAGGUUCCUUAUUGAGGCUGAGUCAACUGGAAUUCCUUUUACUCUUGCAUUGAACAAGUGUGAACUUGUUCCUGAAGAGACAUUGGCUGCAUGGAAAUCUAGGCUUCGUAAAUGGGGUUAUGAACCUAUCUUUUGCAGUGUGGAAUCACAGCGUGGAAUUGAUACUUUGCUGUUCAUUAUGAGAGAACAGACCUCAGUAAUUGUUGGCCCUAGUGGUGUUGGAAAAUCCAGUCUCAUUAAUGCUAUGAGAUUCAAUAAGCGUGGUGCUGUUGGUGUUGGCGAAGGAGAUAACUGUUCAAACCUAAUUCUGGAUAGCAAAUGGUUUGAAGAACAACGUGUUGGUGAAGUGUCUACAAGAAGUGGAAGAGGGAAACAUACCACUAGGAAUGUUUCUUUACUUCCACUAUCUGAAGGAGGGUAUCUCGCAGAUACUCCAGGAUUCUGCCAUCCUAGUUUGAUGAAAGUGACAAAGCAAUCUCUCGCAGAACAUUUUCCCGAGAUCCAAAAAAUGCUUAAAGAAAAAGAACCAGCAAAGUGUUCUUUCAGCAACUGCUUACAUCUUGGUGAACCGGGGUGCCUUGUUGGAGGAGACUGGGAAAGAUACCCAUACUACCUUCAGUUGCUUGAUGAAAUCAAAAUCAGAGAGGAGUUUCAGCUUAGGGUAGUGGGGACUAAACGAGAAAGUGAUGUGAGGUAUAAAGUAGGAGACAAAGGCGUUAUACAAGCUGAACCGCGCUUAGAACCCAAGAAGCACAGGAGACAAUCUCGUAAGAGACUGAACCAAUCAGUCUUAGAUGAGUUGGAUGAACUUGAUGAUGAGGAUGAAGAGACACUGGAUGAUGACAACCCAAUAUUGAGAGCAAUGAAGCAAGAAAACUCAUAGGAUGAAACUCGAUUAUAUUGUUGGAAAUUCUGAGGACGACUGGCAAUCAACCAUUGUUAAUAUGGCUAGAGUGUAAAGAGAGGUAAAUGUAAAUGCUGCUUCGAGCUGAAUAGUUAUGGUGAGUUGAAGCUAUGAUGACCUUUUUGGUUGGUUACUUGGUUAUGGCUUCAGCUGGAUGUGUACAUAGCAUGGAUAUUAACCAAUAAAUGAGCUUUUU